GAUCGGCCUCCCUCUUUUUGCUUCCAAUGCCCUCGCUAUACACCAGCACUCUGCUUGCUUUAUCCGCCUCCCUUUGGCACUCCCCUCCACUUGCUUUCAGUUUCGUUUAUUUAAUCUACGAUGGCGGAGGACAGGCAGUUGCUGCUCAGGCUGCAGCCCAAUGACCUGACCUGCUCUAUCUGUAUAAGCCACUAUACUUUCCCAACCACACUGCCAUGUGGGCAUACCUUCUGCAAAAACUGCAUUGAGAGAUACUGGCAAGAGAAAACCAGACUCAUCUGCCCAAUGUGCCAGACAUCAUUUGAAAAGAAGCCGGAGCUCAACAAGAACACAGACAUUGCCUCUCUACUGGAGAUUCUACGCAAACCAAAUAACAGGACCCACAAGGACUGCCAGUCCUGCACCGGCCGAGGAGCACUAAAACUGUGUUUACCAUGCAUGGCCCCUCUGUGCAAAGACCACCUCCUGCUCCACAGUGAGGAUACGCUAGGACAGCGACACCUGCUGGUGAAUCCGUUAACUGGCGGCUCCACCUGGCUGUGCAGGGACCAUGAAGAAGGGCUGCAGUAUUUCUGCGAGCCUCACUGCUCCCCCUUGUGUCCAGCCUGUGUAGUGCAGCAUAAGGCUUGUAAACCUGAGCUCUUGCUGCAUCGCUACAGGGCCAAUAAGGAAAAAAUCCAAGAGAGGAUUGCUGAAGUGAACAAAGAUAUCACAAUUAAAGAGCACGAGAUAAUGGAUUUGAAAAACGCUUAUCAGGAAUUCCAGAUCCUAGUCUGUGAUAUUAAAGAUAAUCUCACCCGAGACUUCAGAGAGAUGAGGGAUUAUAUCGAGAAGCAGGAGCGGGCAUCCUUUUGGAGAAUUCAGAUGGAGCGAGACAGAGCACAGAAGGGCAUUCUGGGAGCUAUCCAGCCCCUCACUGUCCAGAUUGAGGAACUGAAGAAACUCAAAGCAGAUCUGGAGGACAAUCUACAAAAUAACUGGAUGGAAGUGCUGACGGACACAAAGGAAAGCGAUAUCAGCCAAAGAGCAUCUCCUGCAACUUGGCAUACAUCGAUAUUUGAUGAAAACAGGAUUAUAGACACGACCCUUGUGAUAUCGGAAAUUAAACAAAGUCUCCUUGCUCACGGUCUUCUAGAACAACGUCCCUGUCCACCAAAACAAGUGUUUGAAGAAACAAUUGGAUCCCAGACAGUUCCAUCUACUGGGACAGGGCACCCGGCAGUAAACGCGCCACCGGAGACGGGGGACCAGGCAGUAAAUGCGCCACUGGUCACGGGGGACCCGGCAGUAAACGCGCCACUGGAGACGGGGGACCCGGCAGUAAACGCGCCACUGGUCACGGGGGACCCGGCAGUAAACGCGCCACUGGAGACGGGGGACCCGGCAGUAAACACGCCACUGGAGACGGGGGACCCGGCAGUAAACGCGCCACUGGAGACGGGGUACCCGGCAGUAAACGCGCCACUGGAGACGGGGGACUUGGCAGUAAACGCGCCACUGGACACAGGGUACCGUAACCUUCUGCAGUGGGCACAGAACUUAUCCUUUGAUCGCGAGACUGUCCAUAACCGCUUGUCUCUGUUACAAAAUUCCAAGACGGUGAUUGUGACCGGCACGGUGAAUAAGCACCCCAAACACUCCCGGAGAUUUACCUGCAGUCAGGUGCUGUGCUGUGAAGGCUUCUCUGCCGGCUGCCACUACUGGGAGAUUAACACCAAGGACAGCAACUCCUGGGCCAUCGCGGCUGCAGCCAAAGAGAUGGGCAUUGAAGACAAAUUGGGUCGAAAUGGCUGCUCGUGGUGUGUGGAAUGGAACAAGGAGCACCUGUCCACGUGGCACGCUAACGAGGCUAUCAUUAUCCCCCAUGGAAAGCCGGACACAGUGGGAGUCUUCCUCGACUGUGGAGAGAGGGUGAUCACGUUUUAUUCGGUGCAGGAGGCGGCCGUGACUCUGCUUCACUCUUACAGACUGGAUUUCCAGACCGAAAUCUUCCCCGCCGUUUGGCUGUUUGGCUUAAAAGCAGGAAAUUCUUUAACGAUAAAAGAUUUAAGAAGGCUUUAGAUUGUUAGCUCUUUGGUUCAGGGUUGUCAUUUAACACAUAUAUGUUAUCCUCUACUUUUCUUUAUGAAUAAAGUCAUUAUCUACUCCCUAGACAA